AGGAUAAGAACCACGGCGAGUAUCAUAGACGCACACGCACGCACACACACAAGCGCACCGUCAACGAAGAAAACACAAGUCGACGCGCGCGUGCUGUUGGAUGGGGCGGUCAAAAGGGGGUCUUGGUGCGCAAGACAUCUGAUUCCUUCGCCCACGUUCGUGUAAUUUGACUUCUUCUUGUUCUUUCUUCCGGUGAACGCAGCACUCUGAACGUUACUCUUUAUCGUGGCACACGUUGCUCACUUUGACUUCGUGGGAUGGCCGCAGUGGACACCGUGAAGGGGCGCUACUCGUCCUACAAGCUGCUGAACGAUGUCGGCCGCGGCGGCAGCGCGCGCGUCUACUGCGCCCAGGACCUCGCGACUAAGAAGAAGGUCGCCGUGAAGCAGCUCUUCGGCAAUCGAGCGCAGGAUCGCGAAGAUUGGCUGCGCGAGGUGGAUGCGCUCAACACACUCAACAACCACCACUGCCCUCACGUGGUCCAGUACCUCGACCACAUGCAGCAGCACGACAAGCUAUUCCUCGUGGAGGAAUACGCGGAGCAUGGUUCGCUGCUGCGGCAGCUGCGCCAAAACGGGCCCAUGUCCGAGGACGUUGUCUGCCGCUUUGUUUUUCAGAUCCUCACCACACUGCACCGCAUGUCGCAGUGGAAUAUCAUUCACGGUGACGUGAAGGCAUCCAAUGUUUUGCUCUUCGACGCGGAGGUGGUGAAGCUGACCGACUUUGCGCUGCGCUCACGUGGAGAAGGUGGAGCAGAGCACGGCGGUCGCGGCGGUGGUGGUAUUGGGGAGUUGGACAACGACAACGACGAAGGCGGCAGCGGCUCCGUUACAGCCUUAGGCUCGACCACGGCAGGCCAGACCUUCUCGGUAGAUGGCACGUCGAGCGAGUCCCGGCUGACGGACUCGGCCACACCGCAGCGCACACGCGCCACUACCGGUGCCGCCGCGGCAGCCGUUGUGGCGACGGUGCUGUUGGAGAGCAGCGACGAAAGCGGGACACGCAGCGCCAGCGCGGCGGAGAAGCCCACCGCGGCGUCGUCGCCGCCGCCCCCGUUAGCGGAAUUUCGCGGGUCUGUGUACUGGGCUGCGCCGGAGGUGCUUGCCGGGGAGAGCAGCGCGACAGCGGCGAGUGAUAUCUGGGCCGUGGCGUGCACCGCCAUUGAGCUGCUGACGGGCGAACCGCCGUACUUUGACCGCUCCAUACCGAACGCGACGCAUCACGUGUUGAAGUCGUAUUACGCGGUGAUGGAGGGGGCCAAGCCGCCGGCGCAGGCGGGGACGAAUGAAAAAGACAGUGCAACAGACUCCGCCGCGGUCGCCGGGGCUGAGCAGUCGCCACCCAACCGAAGCUCCGAGCACACUAAGCACAACGCCUCCCUCGAUCCACAGAAAGAGGACGUGGAGAGGGGCAGCGGCCAUGCCGACGGAGUCGGCGACGACACGGAUCCUUCUUCGCUAAUGCCACCACUGCCGGAGACGCUGCAUCUCAGCGAGGAGUGUCGCUCCUUCCUCCGUCUGUGUCUUUGCCUGCGACCAGCAGAGCGCGCGUCCGCCGGUCAGCUCCUCCAGCACCCAUGGUUUUGGGAUGUAGUGGUGCCACAGCUGUUGCAAGCGGCGCGCGAGGGCCGCGGGGUAGUCGGCGGCAGCCCGGGAGAAGACGACGGCGGUAGCAACAACAGUAACAAUGCGAGCAGCGGCACGAAUGCCGGCGCGGGGGGGAGUCGCUUCGCGGUAAUCGAAAAGUGGGUGGAGUCGAACCUGCUCGGCGACGAGGAGGCCCGCUGCAAAGCGUGGCUGGAAGGAGACGCGCUGUCGCUGCUCGUGCCGGUGCUGACGCCGCGUAUUAUGACGCCCAAGUACAUCGGCAACGUGAUGCGGUGUUUCUCCCACUUCGCAGAGGCAAACUCCGCCCUCGCGCCGCUGUUUCUGAACCGGUUAGGUGCGACGGAGCUGUGGAGCGUCGAGGAGCUGACAUCCGCCUGCGAUGCGGAUCACCUCGUCACGCUGUUCCGCCGCUGCUGCGAGGCGCAGGAUCCUCAGGUGGCGGUGUUUACGCCCACGCACCCCUCCGCCCUGCGCUUCGUGCUGGGGCUGGAGAAGGCAAAGGUGCAAGAGAGCGUGGUUGCGCUGCACCGUCUUUUGGUGGAAGAUGCACCGCCGCAGCAGCAGCAACAAGGGACGCCUUCGACGAACGUGGCUGCCAACACUGCUGCUGCCGCCUCGUCGGGUGAUCACAUUGAACCGGCAGAGUUAGGCGAGGAGCACACCACUGCAGAUGCAGCGGCGCCCCAUCCCGAUGCGGCAGCGGCGCAGGACGCGGCCCGGCAACGUGAACUGCAACAACAGCAGCGCCGCGAACGUGCUCGGGAGCGGCUGCUGCUUGACGGCGGUGCGGCGAUGCUCUGCCACCGCGUUGAGUCGCAGUGCAAAGCCGCCUUUCUGGCCGGCGUCCCACCAACGCUCGAGUGGAGCACCAUCAAUUACUUCUUGGAGAUUCUCGAGACGGUCGAGCCGCUGCCGGGCGGCCAGGCACUGUUGUGGGGAGUCCAGAGCGGGGACGGCGGCGAGCUGCUGAACACCAAAUCCAGUGCAGCCGGCACCGCCUCGGGGGCUUCUGUGACGACACCGCGCGGCGACGGCGCAAUGGGCAACAACAAUACUAAUGUGCAUAGCGUACACAGCCUCAGCAGCAUCGCUGCGGAGGGUAGCGCGGCGCCGCCCCUCGCCUCUCCCCGGUCUGCCACCCCUCGCGAGUCGCUAUCACCGAUGAGCACCGUGUUGCUCGGCCCUCACGUUACGCUCCCCGCCGCCACCGCCGCAGCAACGUCGUCAAAUGUGGUCAACAACGUCAACGGUGCUGCGGGGACGCACAACGUCUCCAGCAGCAACAUCGGGAACGCGUCUUUUAGUGCGCACGCCGACGUGGAAUGGACCUCGUCCUUGUCGUGGAUGCUGGCGGUGCAAGAGAGCGCGCACCACUGCUGCACGGCGGCGGUGCGCCUGCUCCUGCGCUACGUCCCCCUCGCGGCGGAGGUCAAGGCGGAGUACGUGGACAAAGCCGGCGUGAGUCUCACCGCAACCCUCGUGCUCGUGGCGUCGAGCGCGGCCGUGUCGACGGAGCUGCGCGGCGCGGCGGUGGGCUGCCUGCCGAAGCUGCAGUCGUGCUCCCUGCGCGCGGCGCGGUACCUGCGCGAUCCAAUUCGCUGCAUCCCGCUGUUGGCGAUGACCCUGAAGCAGAGUGCGUCGGUGCCGUUGCUGACCACCUCGAUGCUGGCGGCGCUGCGUGCCCUCACCGUGGAGAAGCAGACCUUCGCGGCGUGCGUCGGCAGUCCGUGGGUGUGGGACGCGCUGACGACGUUGCUGAAGGAGGUGGAGGCGCAGGGAAGCGGCAGCAAAGCGAGCAACGACAAGAGCGCAGGAAAGCCACACCCUGACGGAAUCGAAAAUGGUGCGGCCUCCGCCAACUCUCCCUCCCCGCCCCUCUCGCUUGGAGAAGCACGAAAUGCGGAGCAGCGAAGGCUGAGAGGCAUGGACGGUGCAAACGGCGACGACGGCUCUCACAGCAGUGACCAGAAGAUCGCGUCGCGAGCGAUGCUGGCAGACAUCGUCGCCCUGAUCGCGCAGUGGUUCGCAGACGCGUCGCCCACGGCCCUCUUGAGCAUGGCGACGGCCGCUGCAGCGGUGCACCGAAGCAUGGCACUCUCCUCCCCCACCCCGCCUCAGCCGCCUCCGUCGUCGUCGGUGUCGCUGCCCCCGGCCACCACCAACAACGCCACGAGCAGAAGCAUCUCCUUGGCGAACCCCGCCUCACCCCCCUCUCUGCCAGCGCUGCUGCAGCGGCUGCGUGUGCAGCUGACGCAGCUGUCACACAACGAGGGCCUCUGCAACGGCGAUAUGCUGCAGCAUGUUGACAAGGCACUAGAGUUCCUGAUGCCGCUUGACCUUUCAGUGCCCGUUGCGGCGGUGCCAGCGAAGUAA